AUGUCUAAACGGACCGAUAGGGAGGGUGGCGGCGGCGCUAAGAAAACUAAUGCGUCCGUUGCGCGUGGCACUGGGCUGAGAAAAGUGGCGGCAAAGAAGGUCGCGCGGGAUCAAGAGAAGUCCGGCAGGAAGGCGGCAGACAACGGGAAGCAACCAAUGCCACGCAAGCGUGUUUCUACAGUGAACAAAGAUGCGGAUGUUGCCUCAACUGGAACCACGCCCGGUCCGACUAACGACGGCACCAGUGGCGGCAACAAACAUCCGGGGCGAGGGAGAGCGAGUCUUGCAGUCCCGUCGGCGGAGAGAGAGGGAUCGGCGACAGUGGGAAACCACGGAGGCGAUCCACGCGCCGAGCAUACCGCAACCAAGGAGUCAGAGGCGGAGGCAUCUCAACACCAUCUGACGCUGCUCCAGCCGACCGUGGUCGAAAUUUCUGCUGCCGUGCUGGAUAAGGACAAGGUGGGGGAGCACGAGUCGAUGGAGGAUCCUAACCACGGCAUAGCCGACGUCGGUGGCUCUCCUCCUUCUGGUGGACGGGGGAGACGUAGGCAGAUGAAGAGCGAUGAGGAGGACGAUUCUGACACCGCCGUGCCCGGGGACAUCACCACGCGGGCGAAGAGGCGGCAGACGACAGGCAGUGCCGACGACGCCGGUGGCGCGGAAGUUGGGAGAACGCGAGGCGCCAGUGAAGCUAGUGGCAAAGCGACGGGUCAUGCAUUGCGCCAAAAGGGCCGACCCGCAGCAAGAAAAACAUCCGGCGGAAGGAGGGGCAAGAAACGGGGUCGUGAAGACCCUGGUGAGGCCGAGGAGGAGGAUGCGCAGGAAGAGGAGGAUGAAGAGGAUGCGGAGGAGGAUGACGCGGAUGUUGGGGAGGAUGAAAAAGAUGAGAAUGAUGGCGGGGAGGACGAAGAGGAGGAGGAGGAGGAGGAGGAGGAGGAGGAGGAGGAGGAGGAGGAGGAGGAGGAGGAGGAGGAGGAGGAGGAGGAGGAGGAGGACGAUGAGGAGGAGGAUGAGGAGGAGGAGGAGGAGGAGGAGGAUGAGGAGGAGGAGGAGGAGGAGGAGGAUGAGGAGGAGGAGGAGGAGGAGGAGGAGGAGGAGGAGGAGGAGGAGGAGGAGGAGGAGGAAGAGCAGGGGGACGACGAGGAGGAGGAUGAACAGGAGGAGGAGGAGGAGGAGGAGGAGGAGGAGGAGGAGGAGGAGGAGGAGGAGGAGGAGGCAGAGGAGGAGGAGGAGGAGGAGGAGGAGGAGGAAGAGGGGGAGGAGGAGGAGGACGUGGCGGCAGUGAAGGGACGGGGCGGGCCGUGA